AUUAUCAGUACGUGUUGAGGUUCAAGAUAAAAUGAUAAUUCUUAUUUUUAUUAUUCAGGACGUGAUAAUUCUACCCAAAAGAAAGUCCAAAACAGAAUGGUGUAGAAAUACCAGAUCCCAAAACAACAAAUUUCGUAAGAAAAGUGAUCUGAAAAAUUACUCUCAAAUAAUCCUUGACGCAAAUGUCAUUUGUAACAAAGAAGUAAUUGACAGCUUUGAAAGAAGUCAGCUGUGCAGUUUGUUAUUUUUUACGAAGAAGAGACGAGAGAAGAUGUUUGCGAUUUUGGUAUGGCGCGAGUUAUAUCUUUGAGCGUUUUUAAUUAUUGGUUUACGUUACAAGCUAAUUUUUAAAUUAUACAAAGAUGUCGAGAAUAUGCAGAUCUUGUUUAAAACCUAGUCAGCAUUUCUAUUCAAUUUAUACUGAUAGUUUUCCGGUGGAGAAUUUAUUUAGGCGUCUCGUUCCCGAAGUGUGUCUGUUCACUUCAGGCGAACCAGUAAUAUGUAAGUCAUGCUACGAGUUACUGGAAAUGGUUGACAAAUUUCGCGUACAAUGCCUGCAAACUGAAAAAUUGAUCAACAAGUACCUGAGCGAAAUACAAACUACAGAAAUCGAUUUCGGUAAAGUGGAACUUCACGAUGUGGUAUCCUAUUGGAAUACAAUUUAUUACGCUGAACCGUACCGUUCCGACUUACCCCGGGAGGAUUUGUUUCAUUUGGUUGGGAAUCAGGGAUUGGAUGAUGGCGAAAUAUAUGUCCGUCAGGCAAAUCCAUCUGAAAUAAAAACAAUUGUAAGACCAACAAUAAGAUCUCCUGUAGAUCCUCCACGGACAGUAAAAAACUUACCAGAGAAUUUCCAGGGAAACAAUAAUGAUAAAUAUAUGCCUAAUACUUGGCUGAGUAGUUGGCGUAUUCCUAAAAAAUCUCGCAUAAAUAGAGAUCCCUUGAUGCAAAAAAAUCUUUUUGGAAAUAAAAGAUUAGAAGAUCGCAGUGUUGACAUUGAAAAUAUCGAUGGACAGAAAUUAUUGGGUAACUCUGACAUAAAUAUUCCUUCAACAGAAAAUUGUCCGGAUAACUUGUCUGAAAGAGAAAAUAAUGAAAAACCUUCAGGUUCAACAUCUAUUGUCCCUGAAAAAUCACCAGUUGUGGAACCUCGAAUCAGAGUACGUUCAGCUGCGUCUCUGUUUGAAGCCCGUACUUUACCAAGCACAGAUAUUACCAAUACAGAACAUUGUAAAAUUGGCUACAUAUCCAAACCCAAAACUACAAGUGUGAAGGAGGACCUACCUCGAGCUGCGAAUAUUACUGAUCCGAUUGAAAACGCACACCUUGUUUCCGAACCAAGAAUUUUAACACAAGCAUCAUUAGCUCAUUUUAAAAUUCCAAAGAUUCCGCCAAUUAGGAGAAAAACAUUGAAACGAAAUCGUAGAAAUAAUGGAUCAUAUUCAAAUGAUGUUUUGGAUGUUAUUGACUCAAGAGACGUCGAAGUUGAUCAAAAUCCAAUAUUACCUGUCCUAACAACGAAUGCCAGUCUAACUUCAUUGGGGCGCAAUCAAUUUCGAGAUAUAGAAAAUUUAGUCGCCCAAUUUGCGCCAUCUGAAUGUAGAGGAUCUACUGAAAAUUCACUUAGUAUUCAAGGAGAACCUCAGUUAAGGAGUAAAAGAGAACGGCCUGAUGAGCAACCUCCCUCUAAAAGACAUAAGAAGAACCCAAAGGAACAACCUAGAGACUCCUAUUGUAUUCCUCCUAUUGAGUGCACGGCACGGGGCGAUUAUGCCAACGAUCAUGAUUAUUUAAGAGGUCCCUAUGACAUAAAUGAUAUGAGAAUUAAACGAUCAAAAGGAUACGCCACUUGGUGUUUGCUGUGCGACACUACCCAAGCAGCUCAUCAACAUCAAGGACACCUGCGAAAACACGAUACACAAUGCAUGAUCUGCGAUGUAAAUUUCGAAAACGUUUUUCUCCUAAACAUGCACGCAAGAGAACACUUCGAGCAUUGCUCGUCUUGCAACGAGACCGUCACUUAUGCCCAAUUUUCGCCCCAUUUACAAACUCAUCUCAGUUUGUACGACGAUGCCAAACAAAAAACACCUGUGGCGAGGGUGAUUAAAGAGGGUGAACAACCUUCUAUUGCUAGCUGUGAUAAUAAGCAAAAGACUGAGUUUAGUACAAAUGGAAUGCAAUCUGAUAGUGAAGAAAUUCUAGGAGAUGAUGAUAUGGAGUUUAUAAGUCUUACAAACUUAUGUGAUACAAGUAAUGAAUCACCUUUAAUUAAUCAUGUUUAUUUAAACGAACCCCAAACCUCACUUAUUGCUUCUAAAACCUCCACAACCCUAAACAAACAAAAUUUAAAUAAAUCUAAUGAUUUCGAAGUAAGUGAUGAUGAAAUUCAAAGCAAUGAAACUGUGAUAUUGGCUAAGGAUAAGGCUGGAGUAUACGAACAUUGUGAAUCAAGUACUACAACUGGAAAUAUUGCCGAAAUGCCUAUAAUUCUUGAAAAAACUAUUGUUACCGACAAAAAAUCCUCAUCUAAAAGUAAUUCAGAAGGAAACGUUGCAGUUCCUGAAGCAGUCCAAAGUCCGAAUUUUCAAUUACCAUCGAGUGAAGAAGAAACAGUCACUGAAAGUUAUUCAGAAAGAGACUCUGAUGAAACUACAGUUCAUGAAUCAGCCAAAAGUACGAAUUUGCAACUACCAUCGAGUGAAGAAAAAACAAAUGGAGAACCAAAAGAAACAUCAGUUGAAGAGUGUAUUAUAGAAAAGCUCUUAAGCUCUAACAGCUUUUUUGGAAAAAUUGCAAACGAUGCUGUUGAAAUGGCAGAAACUAUUGUUGCAGCAAAUAUUCCUAAGCAAACCAGUGAGACUAUUUUGAACACAGUUAAAUCAGCAACCAGGGCCAGUUUAAAAGAGUUUUUGGAAAAUUUCGACAAAGAUAGCUUAAAAAGGCUGUCAGGCGAACAAAGGUCUCCUGUACUUGUAGCUGAAUAUGACGAAAUUGAUUCUUAUAGUAGUUUGCAGCCGGGACCCGGAAAUAUAUCCCUUAUUGUGGAGGAUCCUAAUACUACUGCUGAAGCAAGUUCAAAUGCCACACAGCAAUCAGAUGAUGAUUCUAUUAAAGUAGCGCCAGAUAAAUCAUUGGAUAAAUUAGUAUCAUUAAAUGAACCUGAAAAAAUGAAAAUUAAGAGAUCUCGAGGUAGGCCAAGGGGUGCCAAAUCCUUCAGAACUUCAAAUCCACCUUCAAGCUCAAACACUGUCCAAAAAAUACCAGUUAAGAGACGUUCAUCAAGAAAAAGAGUUCCCAAAAAAUUUGGAAAUUUAUACAUACAAAAUAUAGAAAAAACCAGUCAAUAUGACUCAAAUAUUUUUAAUGACCCACCUGAAUUUUUUCAAAAUUCUUCAUGGCUCAACCCUAGCAGAAGUUCUAACAAAUUACAUACAUCCAGUUUAUUUAAUUUCCAAGAAGUACCAGUCAACAACAAAACAUACUAUCCUUUAACUGUAGCUAAAUUAAAUGAAGCUCUGCUAUCAGUAUAUGCUAAUAUUCGGAAAGAAACUGAAAAACGUCAAAAGUCUGAAUCCGAGGGAAGUUUUGUUGACAUUAUGAGUGAUUCUUUUGAUACUAAUGAAUUACAACCAUCAAGUUCAGAUGAAAAUAAAGUUAAAAAGUCAACUGGUAAACGAGUGCCUAAAUUACCAACAAAGGAACUUUCAUAUAAGCCCAAAUGUGUUAAGAAAUAUGAAAACAAACGGAAACUGGCUAAAUUAGUAAGUAGUUCAAAUGCACCAUCAAAAUUGAAUAAUCUUGACAGUGAACGAAGAUCUUUAUUUGAGGCUAGUUUAAACGAUGCACUGCAAUCAUUCGUUGAGAGUAUUGAUGAACCAACGCCAGAUUAUUUCCAGAUACAAAUUGACGAGCCUCCAGUUGGAUGUGAAGGGUCCGAUUUUAAUAGUAGUUCAGAAAAGCUUGAUACUGGAAAUAGUUCACCACAACCAUCAACUUCAGCUGAUCUUCAAAAAGAAAAUAAAAUUGAAGAGUUAACUGGUAAAGGUGUGCCUAAGCUUCGUUUAAGCAAGCUUUUAGAUAAUCCUAAACGCGUUAAGAAAUAUCAAAACAAACGGAAACUGGCUAAAUUAGUUAGUAGUUCAAAUCUACCAUCAAAAGUGAAUAUUCUCGAAGAAUCAUUCGUUGGUAGUAUUGAUGAACCAACGCCAGAUUAUUUUCAGAUAGAUAUUGAAGAGUCUCAAGUUGAAUGUGAAGGGUAUGAUUCUAAUAGUAGUUCAGUAAAUAUUUUGAAUUUUCCUCCAGAAGAAGCUAUUCAAAAGCUUGAUACCGGAAAUAGUUCAACUGAACCACAACCAUCAAGUUCAGCAGAAAAUAAGGUUGAAAAGCAAACUAGUAAACGAAUGCCUAAAUUAUCAACCAAGCUUCAUUUUAACAAACUUCUAGAUAAUCCUAAACGCUUUAAGAAAUCUCAAAACAAACGGAAAAUGGCUAAAUUAGUUAGGAGUUCAAAUCUGCCAUCAAAAGUGAAUAUUUUCGAAGAAACAUUUGUUGGUAGUAUUGAGAAACCAACGCCAGAUUAUUUCCAGAUACAUAUUGAAGAGCCCCCAGUUGAGUGUGAAGGGUGCGAUUCUAAUAGUAGUUUAGUAAAUAUCUUGAAAGAUCCUCCAGAAGAGACUCUUCAAAAGCUUGAUACUGAAAAUACUUCAAAUGAACCACAAACAUCAACACCAAUUAAUCCUCAAAAAGAAAAUAAAGUUGGAAAGCUAACUGGUAAACGAGUGCCUAAAUUAUCAAGCAAGCUUCGUUUUAACAAACUUCUAGAUAAUUCUAAACGCUUUAAGAAAUCUCGAAAGAAACGGAGACUGGCUAAAUUCGUAAGAUGUUCAAAUCCACCAUCAAAAGUGGAUAAUCUUGAAGAAGAACCAGUUGAAAAUAAAAAUUACUUAGCCGGACGAAGAUCUUCUGUAUUUCUGGCUAGUUUAAACGAUGCACUGCAAUCAUUCGUUGAUAGUAUUGAUGAUCCAACGUCAGAUAAACUUCAAAAAGAUAUUGAAAAGCCUCCAAUUGGAAGUGAACGGUGCGAUUCCAAUAGUUCAGCAAAUGAUCCUUCAAAAGAAACUGAUACCGGAAAUAGUCCAAAUGAAAAACAACCAUCAAGUGUAGCUAAUCCUCUAGAAGAAAAUAAAAUUGAAAAGUCAACUAAUAAACGAGUUCCUAAAUUAACAACCAAGCUUCGCUUAAACAAACUGUUAGAUAAUCCCAAACGCGUUAAGAAAUCUCAAAAGAAACGGAAACUGGCUAAAUUUGUUAGCGGUUCAAAACCACCAUCAAAUGUGAAAAAAAUCCUUCCAGAUUUCUCAGAGCUUGAUACUGAACAAGAACCAUCAACUUCAGCUAAUCUGCAAAAAGAAAAUAAACUAACUGGUAAACGAGUACCUAAAUUACCAACCAAGCUUCGUUCAAACCAAGUUUCAAAUAAUCCUAAACGCGUUAAGAAAUAUAAAAAGAAACGGAAACUAGCUAAAUUAGUUAGUAGUUCAAAUUCACCAUCAAAAGUGAAUAAUCUUGAAGAAGAACCAGUCGAAAAUAAAAAUUACUUAGCCGGACGAAGAUCUUCUUUAUUUGCGGCUAGUUUAAAUGAAGCACUACAAUCAUUCGUUGAUAGUAUUGAUGAACCAAUAUCAGAUUAUCUUGAAAAAGAUUUUGUACAACCUUUAGCUAGACCUGAAAGGUGCGCUUCUAACAAUAGUCCAGUAAAUAUUUUGAAUACUCCUCCAGAAGAAACUCUUCAAAAUCCAGAUACUGGAAAUAGUUCAAAUGAACCACAACCUCGAAAAGAAGAUAAGGUUAAAAAGUUAAAUGGUACACGAGGGCCCAAGUUAACAAACAAGCAUCGUUUAAAGAAGCUUUUAGAUAAUCCGAAAUGUGUUAAGAAUUAUUCUGAAAACAAACGGAAACUUUCUAAAUUAGUAAGUGGUUCAAAUCCAGCAUCAAAAGCCAAUAUUGAACAAUCUUAUUUAGUUGGACGUGAAGGGUACGACUCUACGAUUAAUUCAGCAAAUCAUUUGAAUACAGAAAUUCUUCAAAAUUCUACUGAGCUUGAUACUGAAAGUAGUUCGAUUGAACCACCACCAUCAACUUCAGCUAAUCUUCAAAAAGAAACUUUAGUUAAAAAGUUACCUAAAAGGUUACGAAGAUUACCAAAGAAAUACAUUCAAGAAAUAUUGCCACCUCCAGCUACAAAUCUUUCAAUUAAAAAUCAGAUGAGGCGAAAAAGCUUAAAACAAUCUAGCAACUUCGCUGAACAAAAAUUUGAAUUAGUGAGUGAUAAUAAAGAGUUGGCAGGCAAAGCAAAGUUGUUGGAAAACAGCUCACAUUCACAAGUAGUGAGUGAAUCUGCUCUGAUUAAAAUGAAAGACAUUGUGCAAUCUGAAGAAACUCAAAUUCUGUCUGGAAGGAAAAGGAAAAGGGGAGUUUUGGAGCUCGAAGCAAGAAACAUAGCAGUUUCCGAAGAAGAUGAACCAACAUUAAAGAGAAAUGAUAUUCAAAGAACAGCCACGAGCCUGAUUGAAGGAACCAACUCAUCUGAAAGCAGUGGAAGCUUGAAUUUAGUGGAAGGAUUAAGAGUCAACGCAACUAGAAGAUCCUCGCGAACACCUAAGAAAUCUAGGAAAAUAUCUGAAUGAUAAAAAAUAGAAAUUUCUUGAACAGACGUUCGAAACAGUGACGAUGUAAAAUGAUCUGACUUUGAAUUUGAUCUUAUUGUCGAAGUUCUAGGGCCUGCUUUAGAGUCUAGACUACUCUGGACAAAAGCAAAAGUUGUGCCAGAUAUUUUUUUAAGCUAACCUGGAACUGAAAUUUUAUCAAUGAAUUUUCUCAUAUUAUUGUUCCUCUAUAUAGAAUCGGCUGUGCAGAAGAAAUUUUAGAAUUAAAUUUUCCAGUAAUCGAAUAUACAGAUUUAAAAAAUGCCUAUACAUAGGUAGAUUACCAAGUCAGAUUUUUUUUAUUAAUUAGUUAUUUUCCAAACGUUUUAGGAUUGAAACUGUUUCUUUUUUUUUUUUUUUGUAUGAGAAUGUUCAGUUUAAGUUUUUCUUUUAUGUAUGAUUGUAUGAUUUUUUUUUGGUUACAAUAAACCUUUUUCUUUUUAUUGAGAUACUUUCUCCCCUAAUGUCGGAAUCUUAUUGGCAAAUAAUUCCAAUCAAAGAUAAUAUGGUAUUUUCCCAAUUUAUAUGAGCACCUAUCGCAAUAAAUUACCGCCAAAAUUACCUGCGGCACUUAGCAAGUCGUGAUUUUAGAAAAAUUAAUAAAUAAUUAUAAAAAAUAUAUAAAUAGAAAAUUUCAAAAAACAAAAACAUUUAUUUAUGGAAUUUCCUUGACUGCUUCUUCAUAGCUAGGUACAGACUCAUCUUCUCCAUCAAUCUCAAUAACUGUAAAACUUUGAAUAUCCACAGAAGGUACAGUGGUAUCAGAAGUUACACCGUCUGAGGAAAUAUUUACAGCAUCUGAAUUUUCUAGUGGUUUAGGCAUUGUUAAGGCAUCCACAUACUUAGGCGGAGGAUCUGCUGAUGCCUUAUUUUCAUCCACAUUUUGUACAGAUUCAUUUGGAUUCGGUACAACCAAUCCUGUAAUAAGUUAUCAACCAAUAAGUAUAGAUACAAUUGAAAUUUUUAACUUACGAUUUCGAUACAUCGAAAUCAAGGUCUGCAGUAAGUUAUCCACGCUGUUGGUAUCUACGUUUCUUUGAUUGUCUUGCCUAUCUUGUGCCGAUUGACGUUCUUUUUCUAAUUUUUUACAGUACCAACACAACAAAUAGCAAAGCAAUAUUAUGCCAAAAACAAAUAUCCUAUAACAUAAAAAUAAUUAAUUUGGAAGUUUAUAAAAAUAAAUUAUAAAAUCUACCAAAAGGUCCACGAUUCAUAGUACUUGAACAUUAGCGCUGGGCAACAGCCAUUUCCGCGGUCGCAGCAAGUUUGAUAAUUGUAGCACACGUAUUUCAGCACAGAAGUGACGUUAUAGUUGCGUCUGUGAUUUCCGUGUAAGGUGCAGAGUUUUACGUUUUCCAUUUGCAUUAGUUUCGGAAUUUUUUCAAUUAUGGUUUGGCCAUAAUUUUACAAGAACUUUAAUGACAAAGAUUAAAAGUGGUACGUGACAGUUUAUAAUUUUUGAUGUUUGGUUUAUUGUCAAUGUUGUUAUGUCUAAUUUAUCAUAAUCUGCAUUAUUUAUCUCUGAUCUGCAUGCACUUUUACAGACACAGAGCAAAAAUAAUAUUGUACGUUGAAAUUUUUUUUACAAAUUGUCAGAAUGUCUAUCCUACUGUUUAGUUUAUUGUUUUAUAAGAGGUGAAUGUUGAGUUUGUCUUAUCAGUCAUAGGUAACAGAGAAAAUAAUCGGUUAACAAAAAACCAUAAUUUAUUUAGAAAUAAUUAAUAAAACCGAAAAUUAUUCUCCUAAUACCUAAUAAUUUAUAUACUUAAAACGAUAUUUCCAAAAAUAAUUGCAAAUGUAAGCAUAUUCACUAUAUAAAGAAAAAAAUAAGUUUUCACAUAAUAAUCUUCAUAUACCUAAGUACAAAGAGAAAGCAAAAGCAAUAAUGCGACAAUUUUUACUACUACUGUCUGUUCUGAUCCAACCAACUUUACUUUGUUAAUAUUGUAUCUCGAAGAUGGAAAAAGAACAGAUCUUUCAAACAUUAUUAUCUUCUUUUGUAUGAAAACUUCAAAGUUUCGGGAUUUAUUUUGGACUAAGCAAGUUCGGCAAAAAUACUUAAUUUUUAUCCCAUUAUAUGCACCAUUUCCAAACAUGCUAUCAACAUUUUAUACAAUGGUAAAAUCAUGAUUUAUCCAAAGUCAUCACUGAAUAAAGAAUUUAAGUCCACAUCUUCCAAUGCCUCUUUCCAUAUUUGUUCUUGUUCAAUGCUGUCAUUUUCAAUGGUUAAGUUAACAUCUUCUUUUGGUUUUAGACAAGAUAGGAAAUUAUUCUCGCCAUUCACUAAAUUACAAUUAUUAUUAACCGCUUUAUUGGAAGUUUUUUUGAAGGUGAAUUUUUUGGUACCUGUUACCAUUUCUUCUCUAUUUAUUUGAUUAUCAGAUAUUUCUGGUUUUUGUUUAUCCUCAAGUAAAAAGUCUGAUAUUCCACUAUUUUGAACAGUCGUAGGAUUUUUUUUAAAUGUAAAUAAUGGUUUAUGUCUAUUAUCCAACAAAACACUAUUAUUAUCAUUUGAAAUAGGAGAAUUAGCACUUUUUUGACAAGUUUUAGCUAUAAAUGUAUUGUUAAAGGGCCUUUUGCAGACAUCAUUAUAAGAAUUGCAUUUUAAAAUAUUCCUAUUUCUAACAUUUAUUAUCGCUAUCUCCUUUUUUCUAGAUUCAUACUCUGUAAGUACUUCUUGAGGUACUAUUUCAUUUAUCACAGUUUUUUCUCCUUGUUUGUAUACAGCACUAAGAUUUUUAGAGUUUAUAGUCAAGUGAUGGUUGUCACAUUUUUCACAACUACAUGAUAGUACACCGAAUUUUGCUAGAACCAAUACGGAUCCUAGGAUUAGAAAAUUGGCAUGCUGCUCAUAGAGGCUGUAAACUAUAUUUCC